CUGACCUUGAUCAGCUUUGAUCGCUCACAUUUCGCCCUGAGGCGCUAUGGCGGACAAGGAAGAAGCAGAGAAAAAGGGUGGUUACACGUACUGGAAACGCGACAUUGAUGAUGCUCAUCUUCUGCCCGACAACCGACCACAAAAACUGGAUGAGGGAGGUGCAGCUCCGGCUCAGGAUGCUCCAAAGGACGCUGUGGGUUCCAGUUGGAACUCAGCUGGAACUUGGGAGGAGAAGGAUAUGAGCGUCACAGCUAGGGCCGAGCUUGAGAAGAUCCUGACGGAUGAGAGCUUUUCCUUGAUCGAUGCGGAUGGAAACAAAGUGCGGGGUGUUACAGCCACAGUCACUGGAGACUCGCAAGCGUACCACAUCCGUGGCAGGUCACGACUUGGGUACGAGUUCAAGGUGAAGCUGACUUGGAAAGGCUCGUUUGAUGGCAAGGAGGUCUCUGGUGAGCUAGACAUCCAGGACUUGGACUCCAGUGACUUGGAUGGUUUUGACAUCAGGCCCAAGCCCAAAAACGCAGAUUCCAAGAGUGCUGCGGAAGCUCUCAAAAAAUCUGCAAGGCCUGCUGUGAAAAAAGCGGCAGAACUGCUCAGCCAACGCUUGCUGGCAAGGUGAUCCAGGCAGCACAUCCCACCUGAACCCCAGCUUGGAUGUAGCCAUCGCUGCGUCAAAGAUUCCGACAAUACGCAGCGCCAAAGACUCUUGGACUAGACCGGGAUUCGCAAGGAUGAAAA